AUGGAAUGGCGUACCACCACGGCCGUCCUCUGUUUGUACGGCGCCGUGAAAGAGUUCCGUCCGGCGACACCGUUCCUCACGCCGUUCCUGGCGUCUCCGGAGAAGAACCUGACGCUCGAUGAGCUCUACUCUCAGGUGUAUCCGUAUUGGACGUACUCGUACAUGUUCGCCCUCAUUCCCAUGUUCAUUCUCACCGACAUUCUCCGCUACAAACCGAUUGUGAUGAUCGAGGCGAUCGGAUUGGUGGCCACGUGGACGUUGCUGGUUUUCGGCAAAGGAGUGUGGCAGAUGCAGAUGAUGCAAGUGUCUUUCGGUGAGAACUUUUAAUACGUCAUCAACUCGAGCGCAUCUCAUCGUGUUUAUAGGAGUGGCGUCGGCCGCCGAGAUCGCCUACUACUCGUACAUCUACUCGAUCGUCGACCGGAAGCACUACAAACGAGCGACCUCGUACAUCCGAGCUUCGGCGCUUUUCGGAAAGCUGCUCGCUUUCGGCCUCGGACAAACGCUCAUCUCGACCCAUUCCUCCGAUUACCUGACGCUCAACCAAAUCUCUUUGGGUGCAGUCUCUCUCGUCACUCUCAUCGCCUUCUUCCUGCCACGUGUCAAAUCGGAGAAGGGCAAAGUUUCGACGACGGCGUUGGAGCAGCAGCAGCGACAGCGGCAGCAGGAGCAGCAAAACGACGAGUAAGUACCAUGCAACCUCUUUUGCGUCUAAAAUUAUCAAUUCAGGUUGAUAGAAGGAGGUGUCGAAGAAGUUGGCUAUGCGCGUGAGUACCUCAAAAAGACGCUGGAAGAGUUGAAAGUGUGCUCGAAGAACCAUGAGCUGCUGAAAUGGUCGUUGUGGUGGGCGCUCGCCAGCUGCGGAGUCUAUCAAGUGCAGAAUUACACGCAAUCUCUGUGGAAACAAAUGCAGACGGAUGCGGACGACGUGGCGAACGGAGUGGUCGAGUUUGUGAACACGGCUCUCGGAGCAUUCCUCUCCUUCUUCAUCCAUUAUCUGUCCGUAAACUGGACACGCCACGGACAGCUCAUUCUGUUCGUCACUUCGGCUCUCGUCGCCGCUUUGCUCUACGUGUGCUCUCAAACGACAACAGUUCUGGUCGCCUAUGUUUCGUACGUCGUCAUCAGCUCGAUAUAUCACAUGUUGAUUACUGCUGCAUCGUAAGUCUCUAAUUGACAAUUAUUUCCAAUCAAGUCCACUUGUUGCCCUGUGGUUUUGAUGGUUCCGUCUGCUGUUUCGCGCUUUUCCUUGUCAUCUUAAAAAAGUUUCAGAGCGAAUGUGGCAAAAGAGUUGUCGUCGAACAAUCAUGGCCUGAUCUUCGGAUGCAACACGUUCUUCGCCGUCUGUCUUCAGUCGCUCCUCACGCUGAUCGUCGUCGAUUCUCGAUUCCUGCACUUGAAUAUCCGGACACAGGUCAGAAGAUUCAAAAAUAUUCAAGCAAUCGCUAUUUCUCUUCAGUUCGUCAUCUAUUCUGGCUACUUUGCCCUCGUCGCCCUCAUAUUCGCCGUGUUCUUCGCGAUCUCGUUGCUCUCAAAACGUGCAAAAGUUCCAACUCAGUCGGUGUCACAAAAUGAUGAAUACUUGGUUUCAUAA